AGCUAAUGUUAGCUUGCUAGCUAGCUAGUUCUUCGAUUUCAAGAUUGGAUUUUGUCGUGGUGUUGGCAGCUUCUGUAAUUAUGUCUAGACAAUCCAGUUUUAAACCGGUGACCCAUGUUCUUUUCGACAUGGAUGGAUUAUUAUUAGGUUAUUAAUAUAUACUUUAUAUUUGAACUGAAACGAUGAAAUUACCUGUCUGAGCAGAACAGAAUGUGACACGAGUCCGAGCUACCUAACCUCGGCCUAGCAUUCAGUGACAGCUCAUUCAUUCCUGUGUGUCAACCACGGUGAAGCAAAAAGAACAUGUAACGUUUGAUAGUUAUCUGUAAAGGAAUCUUUCUACAACCAUAACAUUAGCUAAUCAUUUCCAUUUGCUGUCUUGCGUAGUCUUCUGAAUGUCGUGAUGUAAAGCUAGACUCCUUAGUUAAAAGCUGCCUAUGUUUAAGUAUAAAGCUGAGGGAUGGUGUGGAUAAAUAUAACCACUCAAAUUGAGUUAUUGAAUUAUAGAUUUAACCGUGUUUUGAAGCUUUACAAUUUGUUUACAUUUCAGUUCUUUACAAACAUUGUAGUUUAAUGGGGUAUGACAGUUGAACUAAACUCAUGAGGCAUUUAUAAGUUAUAUUCUUCAAGAAUCAAUGGGUGUACAUCAUUAAUUUAUACGUCCAAAACUUGAUGUAGCAACUAAGGAUUCGAGCUUUAAGUUAAACAUGUGUGGUGAUAACAUAGCUAGCUAACUUUUAUUUUACUCCGUUUUGAACUUGCAGAUACAGAGAGGCUGUAUACGGUGUCUUACCAGGAAGUAUGCGACCGGUUUGGAAAGAAAUACACCUGGGACGUGAAGUCUUCUGUGAUGGGGAAGAAAGCUAUGGAGGCUUCCACCAUUAUACGAGACUCCCUACAACUACCAAUGACACCAGAGGAACUUCUCAGUGAGACUACAAAAAUACAGGAGAGGAUAUUUCCUUCAGCUCAAUUGAUGCAAGGUAACUAAAAUUGUUUGUGUGGGUUACUGUUAGCGUGGUAUAGUUGUAGUUUGUGGUACAGUUUUCAUAGUUACCAUAACAUAAACAAAAUAAUUGAUUCUCACAUAUGAAAUAUCAGUCUCUGAUGAGUUUAUUGACAAACAAACUUUAAUCUCAUGUUUUCAUUACUGUGUGUGUGUCCUGUAUACGUAGGAAGACACUACAGACUGUCAAUAUUCAGAGUGGUAGGGCUCUCAAACUCAACUCUGGACCUUCGAAGCCAGUUCCACUGCAUUUUUUUAUUGUUCCCAUCUAAUCAGGGACUGAUUUAGACCAGGGACACCAGGUGUGUGCAAUUAAUUAUCAGGUAGAAUAGAACACCAGCAGGCUCCGGACCUUGUAGAGUAAGUUGAGUACCCCUGCUCUAGGACAUGAGGCACAGGGAGUGUGAUUUGUUUCGAUUUUUUGUGUUCACUGUGUGUGCUUGUCUGUGUGUAGGACUAACCAAUGAUGUGUACGGUGCAUUCGGAAAGUAUUCAGACCCCUUGACUUUUUCCACAUUUUGUUACGUUAAAGCCUUAUUCUAAAAUUGAUUAAAUAAAAAAAAUGUCCUCAUCAAUCUACACACAAUUCCCCAUAAUGACGAUGCGAAAACAGGUUUUUAGAAAUGUUUGCAAAUGAUAAGUAUUCAGACCCUUUGCUACGAGACUCGAAAUUGAGCUCAGGUGCAUCCUGUUUCCAUUGAUCAUCCUUGAGAUGUUUCUACAACUUGUGGUAAAUUCAAUUGAUUAGACAUGAUUUGGAAAGGCACACACCUGUCUAUAUAAGGUCCCACAGUUGACAGUGCAUGUCAGAGCAAAAACCAAGCCAUGAGGUCGAAGGAAUUGUCCGUAGAGCUCCGAGAAAGGAUUGUGUCGAGGCACAGAUCUGGGGAAGAACAGGGAGAAGGGCCUUGGUCAGGGAGGUGACCAAGAACCCGAUGGUCACUCUGACAGAGCUCCAGAGUUCCUCUGUGGAGAUGGGAGAACCUUCCAGAUGGACAACUAUCUCUGCAGCACUCCACCAAUAAGGCCUUUAUGGUAGAGAGGCCAGACGGAAGACACUCCUCAGUAAAAGGCACAUGACAGCCCGCUUGGAGUUUGCCAAAAGCCAUUUAAAGGACUCUCAGACCAUGAGAAACAUGAUUCUCUGGUCUGAUGAAACCAAGAUUGAACUUUUGGCCUGAAUGCCAAGCGUCAUGUCUGGAGGAAACCUGACACCAUUCCUACGGUGAAUCAUGGUGGUGGCAGCAUCAUGCUGUGGGGAUGUUUUUCAACGGCUGGGAUUGGGAGGACUGGUCAGGAUCGAGGGAAAGAUGGACAGAGCAAAGUACAGAGAGCUCCUUGAUGAAAACCUGCUCCAGAGCACUCAGGACCUCAGACUGGGGCGAAGGUUCACCUUCCAACAGGACAACGACCCUAAGCACACAGCCAAGACAACGCAGGAGUGGCUUCGGGACAAGUCUCUAAAUGUCCUUUAGUGGCCCAGCCAGAGCCCGGACUUGAACCCGAUCGAACAUCUCUGGAGAGACCUGAAAAUAGCUGUGCAGCGACGCUCCCCAUCCAACCUGAGAUGAUCUGCAGAGAAGAAUGGGAGAAACUCCCCAAAUACAGGUGUGCCAAGCUUGUAGCGUCAUACCCAAGAAGACUCGAGGCUGUAAUCGCUGCCAAUGGUGCUUCAACAAAGUACUGAGUAAAGUGUCUGAAUACAUACAGUGAGGGAAAAAAGUAUUUGAUCCCCUGCUGAUUUUGUACGUUUGCCCACUGACAAAGACAUGAUCAGUCUAUAAUUGUAAUGGUAGGUUUAUUUGAACAGUGAGAGACAGAAUAACAACAAAAAAAUCCUGAAAAACGCAUGUCAAAAAUGUUAUAAAUUGAUUUGCAUUUUAAUGGGGGAAAUAAGUAUUUGACCCCUCUGCAAAACAUGACUUAGUACUUGAUUGCAAAACCCUUGUUGGCAAUCACAGAGGUCAGACGUUUCCACCAGGUUUGCACACAUCUCAGGAGAGAUUUUGUCCCACUCCUCUUUGCAGAUCUUCUCCAAGUCAUUAAGGUUUUGAGGCUGACGUUUGGCAACUCAAACCUUCAGCUCUCUCCACAGAUUUUCUAUGGGAUUAAGGUCUGGAGACUGGCUAGGCCACUCCAGGACCUUAAUGUGCUACUUCUUGAGCCACUCCUUUGUUGCCUUGGCAGUGUGUUUUGGGUCAUUGUCAUGCUGGAAUACCCAUCCACGACCCAUUUUCAAUGCCCUGGCUGAGGGAAGGAGGUUCUCACCCAAGAUUUGACGAUACAUGGCCCCGUCCAUCGUUCCUUUUGAUGCGGUGAAGUUGUCCUGUCCCCUUAGCAGAAAAACACCCCCAAAGCAUAAUGUUUCCACCUCCAUGUUUGACGGUGGGGAUGGUGUUCUUGGGGUCAUAGGCAGCAUUCCUCCUCCUCCAAACACGGCGGGUUGAGUUGAUGCCAAAGAGCUCGAUUUUGGUCUCAUCUGACCACAACACUUUCACCCAGUUCUCCUCUGAAUCAUUCAGAUGUUCAUUGGCAAACUUCAGACGGGCCUGUAUAUGUGCUUUCUUGAGCAGGGGGACCUUGCGGGCACUGCAGGAUUUCAGUCCUUCACGGCGUAGUGUGUUACCAAUUGUUUUCUUGGUGACUAUGGUCCCAGCUGCCUUGAGAUCAUUGACAAGAUCCUCCUGUGUAGUUCUGGGCUGAUUCCUCACCAUUCUCAUGAUCCACAAGGUGAGAUCUUGCAUGGAGCCCCAGGCUGAGGGAAAUUGACAGUUCUUUUGUGUUUCUUCCAUUUGCGAAUAAUCGCACCAACUGUUGUCACCUUCUUACCAAGCUGCUUGGUGAUGGUCUUGUAGCCCAUUCCAGCCUUGUGUAGGUCUACAAUCUUGACCCUGACAUCCUUGGAGAGCUCUUUGGUCUUGGCCAUGGUGGAGAGUUUGGAAUCUGAUUGAUUGCUUGCUUCUGUGGACAGGUGUCUUUUAUACAGGUAACAAGGUGAGAUUAGGAGCACUCCCUUUAAGAGUGUGCUCCUAAUCUCAGCUCGUUACCUGUAUAAAAGACACCUGGGAGCCAGAAAUCUUUCUGAUUGAGAGGGGGUCAAAUACUUAUUUCCCUUAUUAAAAUGCAAAUCAAUUUAUAACAUUUUUGACAUGCGUUUUUCUGGAUUUUUUGUUGUUGUUAUUCUGUCUCUCACUGUUCAAAUAAACCUACCAUUAAAAUUGUAGACUGAUAAUUUCUUUGUCAGUGGGCAAACGUACGAAAUCAGCAGGGGAUCAAAUACUUUUUCCCUCACUGUAUGUAAAUGUGAUAUUUCAUUUGUUUUUGCUUUGUCACUAUGGGGUAUUGUGUGUAGAUUGAUGGGGGAAAAAACAAUUUAAUCAAUUUUAGAAUAAGGUUGUAACGUACCAAAAUGUGGGGGGAAAAAAAGUGAAAAAUGAAAAUGUAAAAAUGAAAAAGUCAAGGGGUCUGAAUACUUUCUGAGUACACUAUAUGUCUGUGUAUAACCAGGAGUGGAGAAGCUCGUCCACCAUCUCUGUAAACACAACGUGCCCAUCGCCGUAGCGACAAGCUCAGGAGGCCUGACUUUUGAGAUGAAGACCAGUCAGCACAAAGCCUUCUUUGACCUGUUCAGCCACAUCGUCCUGGGGGAUGACCCCGAUGUGAAAAACAGCAAACCUCAGCCUGACUCCUUCUUGGUGUGUGCCAGCAGGUUCACUCCUCCUGCGCCUCCAGCCACGGUAAGAGGGACAGGCGAGGAGGGACAGUAGCCUACAGUGGGUAGUGGAGACUAUUGCCUCAUUUUUGUUGCCUCAUGAAUGAAUAAAUAAGCUAAGCAUAAAAUAACCAGCCAUGAAAAAAGGGACAGAACUUUGGACACGCUAAGACACUCUCAUACACACCUAGUCAUGUUGGAGGGGGAAAGCAGCCUGAAGGUCACCAAUUCUUACUAAUCAUGGCUCACAUGCUAUAAAUGAUAUUAAGAGGGACAGGGUAGUGGACAGUGGGCUGGCGCAACUUAUAUAAUGCUGAAAAAGAGCAACCCCUAAAGGUUUUACACCAAUUCAGUUGUUAAGAAAAAAAAAUGUGUUUGUUACAUAUUAUAUUCAUGCAUGGGCUAAUCAUUCAGCAGAUAAACGAAAGUGUUUUUAUAGGAACCUGUAGAAUUGCAUUUAUACCUCCAAGAAAGUGGGUUAACUCUUAAGCCCAUAACCAAUUCUGUUGUUAGGAAGGUUACCAAGGCUAAUGUCAUCCUGUCAUGCUUCAAUGCCCCAGCAAUCACCUGUUCCUAAGAAAUGCCAAAGGAAUUAUUAUCAAGACACUGACUGACUGACCGACUGUAGCAGAUCUAAACUAGGCUAUUGAAAGUGUAGGCCCUAUUUAUAGGAACCUAUGGAAUUUCAUUUAUUUACACAUCCAGAAAGCGAGGGAAAGGAUUUAGUCUAUAACCGACUUCAUACUCUUUCAUUCAUUUCCAUUUUUGAUGCCAAUGUUUUGGCUAAUUAAGGGUAGCUGUAAGUAACAGAUCUGUGUUGUCAACACCAGCUAUGAAAAUUCCCCCAACACUCCCACAACACAGAGGAAUCACACUGUGUACAUCCCAAAUGGCACCCAUAGUGCUCUAGUCAAAUGUAGUGCACUAAAUAAGGAAUAGGGUGCUACUAGGGACUUGGCCACUACCAUGUUUAAUCACCUUCCUUCCAUGCCAGUUCUAGCAAACCCAUCUAUGAAAUAUGUCUACAAUCAACAGGGUUAGAAGACUACAUGAAUAUUCAGUUGGUUUUACAGAGAGCUCUCAAAUGAAAAACUGAAAAAGGGAACCCAAAAAGAGAGUGGUUAAUAGGUUUGGAUUUGUUGUUUUCCUUCUUUUGGUAAAUGAAUCUCCCUAACAGGUGCAGGGCUGUAGAUUUUUCUGCAAAUGGGUCUGCAGCAGCAGCAUCCUUCAUUACUUGUCAGCCUGCUUUUUUAAUCUAGGAGGCUUCCACACAUCCGCAGUUAGGACUUGCAUUUUUCUUGAUGAGAUAUGCAACUGCGUCUGAGAGGGGAAUCGGUUCAGUGUUCAGUGGAAUAACGAAUUAUGAUGCGUCACUCCCUGGCACCUCUUCUCUCUCCGUGACAGUUUUACUUAAGCACAGAGAGAGAAAUAGGGAGGGACAGAUUGCGAUUCAGGAUUGCAAGGAGGAGACAGGAGAAAGACAGAGUGAAUGCAAUAAUUAGAAAAGAGGAGUGUGUAUUAACAUUGUGUUUACAGCUUCUCUCCUACCCCCAGCUUAGUAGAAGCAGUGAUGAAUUUACAAUGACUUUAAUUAAUUGUAGUGAGGCAUAUUACAGAAACAGCAGCGAAGACAGGCGCAGGUGAUACAUUUUAAGUUUUAGUACUGUAUGUUGCUGGCAGUUUUUUUUUUCUCCCAUUUGCUGAAUUUUUUGGUGCUUUCUUACAGCUAUAAUGUAAACAUUAUUUUAAGCUUUCACUGGAACUGUACAUAUUCAGUAACAGUUAGGCAGUGACAUUUCAAUACAUUUCUCAGGAUGCAUUUUUCUUCUGGUCCUUAAAAGGUUGCUGUUUAUAUCGGAGUUAUUAGGAGGGAGGUUUCCUGGAAUACAUGCAUGAAGCAACUAGAGGCAUUUUGAAGGCCAUGAUGAUGCUAUGCAACACUGCAGGUAAUACGCCUGGCAGACUGCUUAAAACCCUCUCACAAGUGAGUAAUGUGCCCAGCCCAGUACUCUGUCUCUAUGGUGACCAAAGGCAAGGAAAUAGUCCACCUCCUCCUCCAUUUUUCACUUUCUUCUCAGCACUCAAAAAUACUAUGACAUAGAGAGACAGAGUGAGGGAGAAAGGGAGGGAGACAGACAGAGGGAGAGAGGCGAGAAAAGGUUUUUACUAAAGGUGUGUGUGCUCAGCCUACCAACUAAGAUUAAUGAAACAUGAAAACGCUCUAGUUCAUGUUCGUAUAGUCUGUGUCCCAAAUUGCUCUGGUCAAAAGUAGUGCACUUUGCAGGGAAUAGGGUGCGAUUUGGGACUUACAUUGAAAGACAGGGAGAAAAGUAAUUCCGCUACCGUUAAUCAUAAAUGACCUUACACCAAGGAAAGGUUUAUAGCCCCAAAUACGGUACAAUUAUGACAUGAAAUUAACUUGUAGAAAAUUAAAUAAGCCAAUUAUAGCAUGGAUUAUCUUAAAGAUAUUUAAAGAGCGACUUGUGUUCAACUGUUGUUGGUAGUUGAUGUUAGAAACUGAAUAUGUGCAUGGGAAAAAGUAUUGCCUUACUAAAAGACAGAUGUCUUAGCACUCCUACUUAGUCUAAAAACCCUGUGUAGACUGUGGUAAAAGAAACCCAACCAACCUUAUUUAAAAGAGUGAGGCACCAAGAUGUUUCAGAAAGACCUACUUGCAUCCCAAAUGGCACCAUAUUCCCUCUUAAUGCACUACUUUUGACCAGGUCCCAUAGGGCUCUGGUCAAAAUAAGUACACUGUAUAGGGAAUAGGGUGCCAUUUGGGACUAAGUCACAGAGUGGCUCACACAGAGGGUGUAAAGAGUCAGUACAGAGACUCUAUUCCCUCUUGGCUCCAGAGCUUGGAUAUGUAGCUAGCCUAGAUAAUGAUGCUGCAACAACAACAACAGCAACAACAACACAACGCUGCUUUAGGGACAGCUAGUCGCCUCGGCUACACCACCGUAUUUUAUGGGCAUUUCAGCUGUCAGGACCCAGUGGGCCCCUCUGCUCUCUGCUGUGUAGAUGCACCAACCACAUAAUAAAUGGUAAUUGCUACUAUAAUCCCAAAAUAGACACAUUAUUCAAUAUUUCUAGACCAUAUAGUCAAUUUCUUUCUUUUAUUUGUCAAUUUAGCUAUCCCAGUGUGAACUGUGAUGUGUUUGUUGUGCCCAGUGUGUUUAGUGCCAGUGGGUUGAAAUGGUCAGUGACUAAAACAGGCUUGAUGUAUCUAUCUGAGUAGUGGCAACUAGAAGCUGUGCUAUUCUACAGCCCUAAUGAUGUUCCUUAUGAACAGACAGUCCCAUGUGCUUUGAAGGAGCAGGUAGGGCCUCACUGCGAGUAAAAAAAACGGCAGUGUUUUUUAAUAUCAGCUCUAUGAAAUAUUAAAUAUUUGAGCUUUAAAGUAAAGUAUGGACACAGUGGUUCUUUAAGUGGUCAGAAGGUCAGCCCUUAAUGCCAAGAGAUUUAAUACCGCUUGCCCUAUACUCAGCAGUAAUGUGCUUGUUUGGGUUUUUAUAUCUAGUGCUGCAUUUUAAUGGCCUAAAACCUAUGAACUCACAUUCAUUUCAGAUACACAAUAUUAUUUUCUUUGUUAAAGUCCUUUAUGAACACAGACUUCAUGUUAGUGUUUCACUAAGCCUUUUGGGUCCUUUUCUGUGCACACCAAAUCAGGAAGGGGAGAAUACAUUGUCAGUGGGUCUGUCUGAAUUUAUGAGGAGCUUUAACAGUAUUGAUCACUCCUUUUAUUCUGUUGGAAAGAAAUGCCAACACUGGCACGAAGAUAUAAGAUUAACGGACGGACACUCGGUCAAAGGUGAUUUUUAUGAGCUCCCAGGCAGUGGCACUGUCACAGCCGGUAGACAAGCUAAAGGCUAUUUCCUGAAGGACUAGUUCACUGAAAUAUCAUGGUUUGUUAAUGAUUUUCUUAUCUGGAAGGUAGUUGUGGAAGGUGGUGCGGGAGAGAAUUGACUUCACUCAAUCAUCAAUAGGUAUGUCUUUACCUUGAUCUUCUAUUUCCACCAUUUCUAGAUAACGUGACCCUUACCUACGGUUAUUUAUGAAGUCUACCUAUUCCAUAGCCUGUAUGUAUCCUAAAUCUUUCAAAACCUAAUCUUUCUCAACAGAUUCAGGGCGCUCCGCAAGCACAGCGGCUGUUAGAAGAGACUAUUCUAAACCUAGUCCUUUUCUCAGUAAAAGAUGAAAACGUGUCCUCACUCCUCAGACACCAAAUGAAAGCUAUUCUGCUCCUGGCUGCCAUCUGGCCUAGAGUGACAAACAUCUGACUGACCUCUCCGUGUGAUUUCCCUCAGGUUGACCAAACCACUCAUUAGCCUUGUGAACGCAGCCCUCUGGAGGCCAAUGGAUUGCCCUGAUAUGCAUUUAUACUGUGACCUCCAGGGCUGCAUCCCAAAUGACAUCCUAUUCCCUUUAUAGUGCACAACUUUUGAGUGCACUACAGAGCCUUAUGGACCCUGGUCAAAAGUUGGGCACUAUAAAGGGAAUAGGGUGCCAUUUAGGACGUAACCACCAUGACCUCCAGGUUUUGAUAUGAUGGCCUGCAUUUCCUGUUUCCUGUGUAUAAAGAAAGUACCCCGUAACACAGAUGAUAAAACUUUACACAUCCUGUAGUCAGCCUGCCCUGGGCUUAGAGAUGGUUUAGAAGAUGUAGGAGGAAAUCUAUCGCUGUCUCUUCACUCACUCAACAACCCACGUUGCAGGCCCGAAUAUACACACUCGCACAAAUUCCUUACCGUGUGAUGUGUUUAGAGUUUAAAGUAUUUUCUUGCUAAGGUACCAUUCAUCAAGUUUGAGAAUGCAUCAGUCUGAGACAGAAUGUUUGAUGAGUGAACACACUGCUGCACUACCUACCUUAUUGCAUUAACCUCCAGACCAGUAGUAGGGACCAUGUUUCUGUCCGUCUGUCAGGCAGUGUAUACUGAGUGAUUUGAUAGUGUCAAACAGAGCCCAUGUUUUCACAGAAUGGUGUCGGAACAAGACAAGAGGCAGAAUGAUUGUUUUAUUUACCCAACAUAAACAAAAAAUAAACUGCUCUGAUUAAAUAUUGAAGGGAUAGAGACUGUAAAAACACAGUUAUUUUAGUGAAUGGCUGUGUCACCGUGACAAGCCCCAUCUUAAGCUGUGCUAAAGUUAAGACACACAGGCACUCUGGUGUUGACAUAGCUGGUUUGCCUUGUCGUGUCAGACGUUGACAAAAGCGACAAGUAAAGUAAUAUGUUGGAGCAGAGGAUCAGCCUCUUUUAAGAUAUAACACUGAGGAAAGAAGAAAAUGAUUUGUUGAAUGGAUCACUGUCAAACUACUGUGUGUCAAAAGUCCAUUCAAAAUACGUUCUUUUUUGUCUCCUGAUGUGUCCUUCCAGGAACAUGAAAAUGACACAAAAUGACAUGAUAAAUAGAAAAUGACACAGUAAAGGUAGUAUUUAGUACUAGUAUUUAGUAGUAGUAUUUAUUGGGAUCCAUACAGGAAACAAAUGCAACAAAUAAUAUAAUAUACAUAAUCUCCUGCCUCUGUCUCACGCUUCAGACACAGGAGAUGUCUCCUGCCCUAUGAGCUGUUCUGGCUCACACAAGCCAAGGCUCGUGCAAGGCCACCCAUCUACAUAAUGCAAUACAUAAUACAGUGUAAAUUACAAUACAAAAUAUAUAAAAAUGGCUGUGUCUCUUCAAAGUCUCCUUUUGUGCCAUAAGGUGUUCUUUUAUCUGUUUUUUUAAAUAUGGUUUUAUUGCUAAUUUGAGUUACCUGGGGUGGCAGAGGUCCAUGUAGUCAUGCCUCUAUUUAAUACUGUGCGUUUCCCAGCCUCUGUUCUAGACCUGGGGACUGUGAAGAGACCUGUGGUUGCAUGUCUUGUGUUGUACCAAUGACUGUCCAAACUGUGUGCCAACUGCUUGAACAGACAGUUCAGUACUUUCAACACCUCAAUACCUUGCACAAAGACCAAUAGUGAUGCAGUCAAUCUCUCCUCAUCUUUGAGCUAGGAGAGAUUGACAUGCAUGUUACUGAUAUUCGCCCUCUGUGUACAUCUAAGUGCUGCUCUGUUCUGGACCAACUGCAAUUAACCUAUGUCCCUCUUUGCUGCACAUGACCACACAACUGGGCCGUAGUCCAGGUGCGACAAAACUAAGGCCUGUAGGACCUGUCUGGUCGAUUGAGAUGUCAAGAAAGCAGAGCAACACCUUAUCAUGGACAGGCCUCUUCCCAUUUUAGUAACCAUUGAGUCUAUAUGUUUUGACUAUGAUAGCUUGCUAUCUAGGGUUAUACCCAGCAGUUUAGUCUCCUCAACUUGCUCAAUUGCCACAUUAUUCAAUAAUAGAUCUGGAGGAGGUUUAAGGUUGAGUGAAUGAUUUGUCCCAAAAACUAUGCUUUUAGUUUUUGAGAUAUUUAGCACCAGCCUAUUGCUAGUUACCCGUUAUUCUAAAACUGACUGGAGCUCUAUGUUAAGAGUGUAAUUUAUUAAAUGUACUGUCGUAGCCGACGUACACUGAGUGUACUAAACAUUAGGAACACCUGCUCUUUCCAUGAGACUGACCAAGUGAAUCCAGGUGAAAGCUACAGUAUGAUCCCUUAUUCAUGUCACUUGUUAAAUCCACUUCAAUCAGUGUAGAUGAAGGGGAGGAGACAGGUUAAAGAAGGAUUUUUAAGCCUUGAGAUAAUUGAGACAUGGAUUGUGUAUGUGUGCCAUUCAGAGGGUGAAUGGGCAAGACAAAAUAUUUAAGUGCCUUUGAAUGGGGUAUGAUAGUAGGUGCCAGGCACACUGGUUUGAGUGUGCCAAGAACUGCAACGCUGCUGUGUUUUUCACGCUCAACAGUUUCCCGUAUGUAUCAAGAAUGGUCCACCACCCAAAGGACAUCCAGCCAACUUUACAAAAAUGUGGGAAGCAUUGGAGUCAUCAUGGGCCAGCAUCCCUGUGGAACGCUUUCAACACCUUGUAGAGUCCAUGCCCCGAUGAAUUGAGGCUGUUCUGAGGGCAAAAGGGGUGGGGGGGUGGGGGGGUGCAACUCAAUAUUAGGAAGGUGUUUCUAAUGUUUUGUACAUUCUGUGGAAGGUCAUUAGUAGAAACAGAAAACAAUGGCCCAAGCCGGCUGCCCUGCGAUACACCACACUCAACCGAAUUCCAUGAAAGAAAACCCUCUGUGUUCUAUUAGAUGGGUAACUCUCAAUCCACAAUAAGGCAGAGGAUGCAAAUCCAUAACGCCUACGUUUUUUUCAGCAAUAGGUUUUGAUCAAUGAUAGUCUUAACAAAACAGCUCCCACAAUCUUCUUACUGGAAAUGUCUUUCAGCCAAUCAUCAGUCAUUUGUGUCAGUGCCGAGCAUGUUGAGUGCCCUUCCCUAUUAUGUAUGCUGAAAGUCUGUUGUUAUUUUGUUUUCUGUAAAAUAACUUUGGAGCCCCACUGUACCUUCGUCAACCCUCAUCCAUCUGGUCCAAUUACCUGUGUAGGUUGGGUAGUGUUGUAUGGCUAGAGACCCAGCUUUAUGUCCUAAUUUUCCUGGUCCAUGUGUAGGUUGAGUAGAAGGUUAUAGGGUCCAUGUUUAGGUUGAGUAUAAGGUUAUAAGGUCCAUGUGUAGGUUAAGUAGAAGGUUAUAGGGUCCAUGUGUAGAUUGAGUAGAAGGUUUAUAGUGUCCAUGUGUAGGUUGGGUGCAUAUGGAGACUAUGACCUACGGUUCUCUGCUUCUCCAUCUGGGCAGAAUGGCUCAUCUAAUGAGUAUUCCCCAAGGGCUGACCCUGCUGCCAGGUCAAGUCUACAUUGUGUGACAGAUCCAGACCCUGCUCUCUGUUUAUGGUCGCAUAGGCCUACCAUAACAUCAGUCCAUAUGAUUAAAACCCAUAACUGUCCAUAUGAUUCAAUCCCAUUCUCCAGUCCCAGUUUCUUUGAAGGAAACUUUUCUCUCUAUGUUCUAAGUGUCCUAUGAUAGCCCUGUAAACUACUAAACGUCCUGGUCCGUCCUGCUGAAGUAGCUGCUGCCGGCUGCCAAGCAGACCUUGGAUCUGCUCCAUAACAACACUACGCUGUGUCCUCUCAUCUCCCCUUAAUACACCGUUAUAAAGGGAGUGCGUGUGACGUGCUGCUGAGCCGGCUAUUCACAGUAGUCUUGGCACCAGCCACUGCAGUCUGAGUUGCGUCCCUAAUGGCAUCCUAUUCCCUUCGUAGUGCACUACUUUUGAGAAGAGCCUGGUCAAAAGUAGUGCACUAUGUAAGGAAUAGGGUGUCAUUUGGGAGGCAUCCACACAAACACACUGAGUCUCCCCCUCUUCUCUUCUUCUGUUGUGGCAGUGACUGCCUUGGGUACACUGUGAAUACAGAUUCAAUUGGUUCUGAUGAAUGUUGCAUGUGUUUGGGUGUACGCCUCGGGACUGGUUGUUAAUCUUCCAUUGGGCUGGCUGUUGGAGGCCUGCAUGGCAAGCGACUUUGGGUUCUCUGUCUGUUCUCCGUUCACUGUUCCCAAUACAUGUUACAGCAGGCCAGUAGUUUAACAAUAAAAUAUAGAUUUUUGAAGCAAACUUCCAUUGUCCUAACAAUGAGUGGGAGAAAAGACCCUUGACCCUUUAUAGGGCAAAUCACCUUCCCAAUCUCUCUUUGCCGCUGUGACUUGUAGCCAGGUCACAGAUCUGUUUGUGCUCUUGCAAACUCCAUUGCUUAUUGUCAAGCCAAACAUGUUUGUCAUGACAAUGAGUGACAAGGAGUUGGCAUGAUCGCACAAACAGACUUCCCCCUGAGCCAACAUGAAGCCGCAGUGCAUUUGUGUCCUGUUUCCCUCUCCUCCAUUACAAUGCAGCCAUUGAACACUGAUUAAAGGUUCAUUUGCCUGGCUCAUUGCCUAAUUCAGAGUCUUAGUUGCUUCCUAUCAAGGGGCAUUAUCUAGUUAGGGCCCCUCGGUUACCUUGCUGCUCAGUGUUUCCACACUUAUUGUCCCUCUCCUAGGCUACUUCUAGGCUGUGACAUCACAAGAGUCAAUUAGGCAAAUCUUCUAGAGUCCUCGAGUCGGCUUCUGUUGUUCCACCUGAGAACCUUUUUAGGAGGUUAUUUUAGUUCCAUUUGAGAAUUAGAGAAGAGACUGACUGGUAGUUGUGGUUAAGGGCAUUUCUGAAGCUGCUAGGUGAAUUUGGUACGUUUAAAUUACAUUUUCUUUCACCAUUAGUGUGUGAGGUAAGUAAGUCAAAGGCAAAUUGGAGGGAAAUCACGUAGUAGAAAGAACAUUGCAGAAAAUACUGUGAUUUUGUGAUUCUUUUUGUUCACUCAUUCAAAUUAUAGGGGUUGAUUGAACCUUGAAUUAGGUAGAGUGGUGGGAGACGUCUUUGGAGGGGGUGUUUUAUUUGAAAAGCCAGGAAGCGUAGCUAUUGAGGUUCAAAAAGCACAGGAUGUCGGAAGUUACCAAUGAAUAAAAGGGAAGCUCUGGUCACUCAGUUCUUUGUCCGUUCUUCUCAACACUGCUUCCAUAUUGGCUUCUCAUUUGUAUGCUGCCUCUAUUUAUGCAGCUGUGACGCAAAGGUAAGAGUCAGAAACAUACUGUGGGUCACCUCACCUCAACACGAGUUCUUCAGUAUGACAGCCUUCCUCUGCUCUGUUUUCUCCACCAGACACUGAGUUGCAGUUCAUAGACAUAGGCUUCUCAGUCCAAGACUAUGUGCUUUGUGCUGGGUCAAUAGACUGUACUGUUGUAUGUUGUGGUUGCGUAAUGAGGCAUCAUAAACCUCGUCACACUUACUCUAUUUAAAGAAUGGAUCGCUUCUGGUACUUCUGGUAUUUUGCCUUCAACCUCCUGUAGUGGUCACACUGGGUUAUAAUACAUCAUUGACUGUAUAGCAGCAUUAUAUGAACCAUUGUUCUACUUCAUUAUACUCCCAUGUGAAUUUAUAAAUCCUUUUGUCUCCUUUCACCUUUAUUGAACACUGUUUGACAUCCAGCACCUGCUUGUCUCGUUUCCUCUCUCAACAGUGCCUGGUGUUUGAGGAUGCUCCUAUGGGUGUUAAGGCCGGCCUGGCGGCUGGGAUGCAGGUGGUCAUGAUCCCUGAUGACAAACUGGACCGAGGCCUUACCCAGGAGGCCACACUGGUCCUGAGGACCAUGGAGGACUUCAAACCAGAGAUGUUCGGCCUGCCGGCCUAUGACUGAGCUCCAUCUCCGCUUCCUGCUCAGGACUGAGAACCUCUAAUCCACCCCUGCUUUUUACAGCCCAUUUUCACCAUUUAGCCUAACCAAAGCAAUGUAAUGAUGCUAAUCACAAUGAUCACAAUGCUGAUCAAAAUUAUGCAAUGACACUGAAUUUAAUUGUUACUUGGAACUGUGAUCAAGUUGUUGUUGUUAGUCGAAUAUUAAUAUUUUUGCUUUGGCCAAAUAAUGAGAAUGGCUGAGAAUGAUUGUUGAAUUGUCAACAUAAUGAGAUGUAAUUUCUUUGGCUGAACCUUUUACACAGGUUGGUAUUGUAAGCAGCUCGCUGGCAGUCAGUUUGAAGGCUUUUAUUGUGAUAUUGACAGCAUCCCAAAUGGCACCCUAUUCCCUACAUAGUGCACUACUUUUGUCC